CACCGCCGUGCAUGGAAGUGGUCAGGGGGAGCGAGCAGCGUUUUACCAGCAGCGAGACUCCGAGAGCGCGCGCGGCGCUGCCAGCAUGGCUCACUCCGACAGCUGCCACUGCGGCGGUCAGAGACCGCACAGCAGCAUCCUCUACAGCAUCCUGAAGAGCGACGGCCAGGCCGCGCUGCACGCGCCCCGCAACCCGCGCCUGGCCGUGUCCAUGCACGCGUGCGCAUGCGGAGCCAAGAAGCAGGUGGCUCUGCGCUCGCCGCACACCACGUGCAAAGCGGCGUCCGCCGUGCUUGUGAAGACGCUGAAGUUCGUGAAGAACGUGCCAUGCUUCCGCGAGCUGCCCAUCGACGAUCAGCACGCGCUGGUGCGCAGCAGCUGGGCGCCGCUGCUCGUGCUCGGCAUGGCGCAGGACAGGAUCGAUUUCGAGACGGCGGAGACGGCGGAGCCCAGCAUGCUGCAGCGCAUCCUCACCAGCGGCCAGCAGGGCGAGCAGGAGAGCGCGCGCGCCCGCGGACACACCGGCGUGGCGCUCGCGGACGUUCAGGCCAUUAAAAUGUUCCUCAGCAAGUGCUGGGGACUGGACAUCAGCACCAAGGAGUACGCAUACCUGAAAGGGGCCAUCCUGUUUAACCCAGACGUGGCGGGCCUGCAGUGCCACCGCUACAUCCAGGGGCUGCAGAGCGAGGCGCACCAGGCGCUGAACGAAUACGUCAAGAUGAUACACGGAGGAGACACGGCGAGGUUCGCCAAGCUCUUCAUCGCGCUCUCCAUGCUGCGCUCCAUCAACGCUAACGUGGUGGCGGGGCUUUUCUUCACCCCCGUCAUCGGCACCGUGAACAUGGAGGAACUGCUGCUCGACAUGUUUUACGGGAAGUAGAAGUUUUUUUCUGCACUCACUCUUUAAACGGACUGAGUCGAGCCGGCGAGCGCUCGUUCAGUGAGACUGCGGGAAAAUCCGGCAGUGCGCAUGCGCUCCCCACAAGAACUUAUUACUUUUUACACACGCUAUUUUUGUACUAUAACACUUGGACUGUGUUUUUCUCUUUGCCUUCUGAGUUGAAUUCAUUGCUGAAUCCAAAGUCUGACAUUUUUCCCUUUUGGGGAAAAAGCUUUAGAGUUUUUUUUUUUUUUUUAUAUUGUUUGUUUUAAUUCAGUUAUUUAGCUUUCCUGUGUGUUCCUGCAUUGUACAGCCCUCUGAUGAAAUAGGCUAUUUAUUGUAGUAUAUUUGGAUAAUUACAAACUCUUGUAGGCCUAUGUUUUUAUUGUUAUCUUAUAUGCCUUGACCGCACUGAAAAUAAUAAAAUAAUAAUAGGCUAAGGAUGCACAGUUUUUUGCCUUCUGAAAAUGCCAAGCUUAACACUCAAACAAACAAAAUAAAAGGAAAACAAACGUCUCCUGCCACAAGAGGGUAGUGUUAGCCCACAAACCUCCAGACAUGGUGGAUUCCAAAACAACUAAUGGUGAGGUGCUUCAAAACAAAUCAGCAUUAACAAACUCCCUUGACCAGUGUCUUGAACAAGGCCAUGGUGUGUAAAAUAGUGUUCUGCAUCUUUGUGAUGGGGUCUGACAUGCUCUUGUGGUGCAGGGCAGGACACCAUAUGCUGGACUCCAGGAACAUUAGUCAUGGAAUUGUUAAGCAGCAGGUCAGGCUGUGCCUUUGAGCAGGGGAGCAAGACAUGGCACCUUGACUGUUUGAGACGGGCAGGAACGCAUGGCUAGCCAUGUGGAGAGGGCAGUCAAUGGAUGCAUCUGCUUACACGAGGUGUCUGUCGAGGACAGUGGGUGAAUGUGUGGGAACGUUAAAGUGCUCAUAUUAUGUAACGGAAUAAAAGCGUUUAAUGUAAUAUGGAAACACUAAAGUUUCAAAAUGUCUACUUCACAUGAUCCAUACAGUAGAGAAGCUGCAAAAACAGUCCAUUUAGUUUAGCUCCAACCAGUCACAGUGAAGAUAUAAGGAGUGUUUCAGCCUUGGCUGCUUUUUAAUUGAGACACAGGACAGCCAACCAGAAAAGAGAUCAUGUGUGUAUACCAGUCUUCAAAGUACAGUAAUAAAAACAGCCUGAUUCAUUAUAAAAUAGAUGAUAAAACCAGAUUGGAACUUUUCUCAUGUGAAAAUGAAUUAACGACUAUUUUUUAUACAUAAAACCACACAAAUGUCAUAAGUGAGCCUCAGAGAAAGAAAGUAAAGUUCAAGACGGCUAUGGGCCCUUUAAUAGACCAAAUAUAAUAAACAUAUUGGCUGGAGAUAAUGCAUUUACCAAAACUUAUAUACUGCAAAGAGUUAAAGGAAUACUCCAGCAUUUUUAACCUAAUCUCUGCUGCAGCAGCAUCAGUAUCAUAUCAUAAUUUUAUAUAGACAAUCAUUUUCAAUUCUCCCAUUGAGCUUAAUAAUAAACAUGUUUCAAGACAAAAUGUUUUCUAUUCCUUUCUGAUCUCCAGGGAGACACAUUUAUGGCAAUCGAUAAUAUGCUACACAUGCAGCAGAUAGAGAGAAAAUGCUGUAGUAUUUCUUUAAAGCAACUGCCCAUAGGCUGCUAUUAUAAAUGUGUUUCAAGUCCAUGUUCUCUGUUCUUUUCUGCCUAGAGAGAAAGGCAUUGAAAAUACUGUCUGGAGCAAUCAACGGUGCAAAUGCACCAGAAAGAGAUUAGGUUAACAAAUCCAGGAAUGUUUCUUUAAGUAACACCAAAAACCUGCACUAAGCACCUGUGCUUAAUGAAAAUCUUCUAAUGUCAUUUCCUCUCAGUGAGCUUUCAUGUCUCACUUUCAAUGCUUUUGUAGUCAAAAUACCUGCAUUCACCAUUAAAUUUGUGAAAAGAUGCACAGACCCUGGUCAGAAUAAAGAGCUCUGAGCUAA